AUGAAGCUCCCGCUCAUUCCCAUACCGACCCGCGACACCACGACUCCCGACCCUCUCUACCCUAUCUUCCCUCGCAGCCCGGCUCUGUGGCCUACGACCCACGCCAUCAUCGUAGUCAGGAUGCCACGCCUACUAUGCAAAAUCCUUAUCCCGUCCCCGCCCCCGCUCUUACUGAGACACGGUAUGCAGGGUCUACCACCGCAACUCCUGUCGCCGCCCUCUCUUCUGCCCUUGGCCCUCGAGAGAUUGAUGGAACUGAGCGCACGGACUCUCGCUUCUCUUCGCAAGUACAGCGCGACUCUCGUGUUCCGUCAGUUAGUGUGCCUCGGCCUUCUCGCGAGGAGCCUGAGGAGCGACAUUGACCAAGCGGAGACGCGACCCACCGGCCUUGUCUCUGGAGGCGCCAAGACCCGUGGUAUCGGCCCAUCGAGGUAUAAAAAUCGUGAAUCUAGUGACGACGAGUGGGAGUCUGCUUCGGACUCGGGCGACGAGGAUGACCCCUUGCCUACGGCUCUGGGGUCUCAUUACCUAGACCCUCACAUGUCGCUGCCCAGCCCCCGCCUGCUGCCCCUGCCCCGACUCAACUCGCUGCACGGGGUUGUGACCCCGAUCCCUGGCCCUGCUCCGACAAAGCCUUCUCGGAUGAAGCAUGUACAGCCCACGCCGAUAGACAACUCGGUCGAUUUUGAUGCUAGAAGCGCCCCGGCUCACACCAUUAGCGAAGUCUACCCUAAGCGUUCCCGUGCCGCCGAAGUGCCACUCGAGCAACCGAGACCCGUAGCACCUGUGAGCCCUCAGAGGCUGGAGCACUCGUCUUACCGCGAGGAAAAAUCCCGAAAGUCGUCUUCGGGAGAUAAGACGGAAGACAAGGUCGAGCCUGACUACCACCGUCGUCAUCCGUCCACGCGCGACCGGCCAGCGGAAAAGCCAAGACCGGAUAGCUACGACACCCGUGAUUCGCCUCGGCGUGAGCGCCAGGAGGAGAAACCACGGCCUGUCGAGUAUCACGCCCGUGACUCCCACGACGUGAGCGCCCGGAGGAGAAACCACGACCUGUCGAGUAUCACGCCCGUGAUUCCCCGCGACGUGAGCGCCCGGAGGAGAAAUCGCGACCCGACGAAACAGGAGAGCGAGGCUGCACGCAAGGAGCGCCUUGAUAGGGAAUAUGAAGAAUAUGUCCAAAGCUUUAAUCGAAAGACGGGGCGGAGCCGGCGCAGCAAGCCCGAGUUGGAGGAAGAGCCAGCUUCCCGCCGUCAAGAGAACCGAGAGGAGGAAGAAACACGGCGACGAAUCCGCGAGAUUCGCGAUAACCGAGGUUCUCCAGUAUCUCGAAAAUCUGCGAUCGCGUCGAAUGAGGACGGAUAUAGAGAGAAGCAAGUUCCCGCUGGCCCCACCAAGGCGCCUAUUGAUCCGUUCCAGUUCCAAGUUGCCGAUGAUGCCUUCAGAACGCCUUCCUAUAGCCGGCCAGCGACGCCACCAAAGCAAGAAGUGCAGCCUGGUCCACCUAGCACCGCCGUAUUCACGGUCGAACGCGAACCCACUUUCUCCUCGCCCGAUUAUGACCCCCAUCCGCGCCUCAGCAGAAAGGACUCGUUCGAAAUUGAGCAGCUAGCUGAGAUGGCCCGCAGCUCUUCGACUCGCCAACCUUCUCCCCGUCGUCGGUUUGAUGACGAGGAGGAGGAAUUGAAGCGGGCCUACUAUGAAGCUAGGCGUCUUGCAAUGAGUCGGACCCGGCUGAACCUAUGGAAGACCCGAAGCCGCUUAAGAAGCAAGACUCGAAAGACGAUCACCCCCGAGAAAGAUCCAGUGUUGGAGGAGGCAGACAGAUUUUACCGCCGCUCACAAGCUGCCCGUAAGAAUGCAGCUGAAGAGAUUCGGUCGCGGUCCGGCUCGAGGCGGAGGUCAGUCGUUGACCAGUGGAAAGAGGAGGAAGAGGAGGAACCAGAGCCCGAAAUCUUAAUCGUCACUCCACCUGAACUUGAAGAGAAGUCACCAACAGGUCUUUAUGGUGGGCCCGAUGCCGAUGUCCGUAUUGACAACAUUCUUGAGCAUCCCGGCCUUUUAUCUCGGUUCUUGGAGGAACGCGGCCGUUCCGCCGGUCCCACCCUUUUCAGCACUAGAGAUCCUUCUGCCGAAAGGGAACGGCCACUUGUAAAUGUUGUGCGCCCCACGCCAAUCGGCUCUCCCUCUCCAGAACGACGACUAGACAAAGAUGAGGAGAGGAAGUCGAGGUCUAGAUCUCGCUCGCAAUCAAAGUCCGGCUCCAGGUCCCGAUCCGCUUCGAGAACAGGAGAGCAAGCGCGCGAAGAAUCCUCAGAUCCUAAUAUCAUGAUUGGACCUCGUGGAGAGAUCAUCCAGCUAGCAGACAACAAAGUAGGCAGUGCGGAACCUGUCGAAGCCAGAGCACCCCGUGGCGAAGCCCAGAACCCCAGCACCGAAACGAGGAGCGCCUGGGGCAUCGUCAACGCCGUCCUUGCGACUAACCCCGUGACCCUAGAGAUUAUCGAGGAUCCUGCUCUCGUCGAUGAUCUCGUGGACGAUGAUGUUGGUACACCUGAUCCUAUUCCUGAAGUGGCCACAAAGGAGUCUCCUCUGGACCUUGCUUCUUUGGAGAGCGGCCCGGCUGUUGAACCCGAGCGCCGGUGGGUCUCGCCAGAAGACUUUUCAGCGGAAAAGUCUCCGGCGGUAAGAAGAGGCUCUGAGAAGACCUUUGAUGCUCUUGACAACGACGGCCUUGGCGACUUGCCUCCGCUGCCCGAAUCGAUGACCGAAUCCGUUCCCGACUCAAAGGCGAUAACGCCCAAGACUCGUUCGAUACCAGGCGCAUUUGACGACGACUUCGAGUUUGCGGCAACACUCAGUGCUGGUCUGAAAGCUGCCGGGUUUGAGGACAGUAUUGUUGUCGAGGAUCCUCAAUACCGGCAUCGUGACUCGCCUCCAGGUUCGAACGACGAGUUUGCUCCCGACACACGGACGAGGUCAUCCCCGGUGCUUGACCAGGCGUCGGCCGAAGAAGAAUGGGGAGGCUCCUUCCGGGGUAACAAGAAGAAGAAAAAGAAGGGUGGCAAGAAACAAGUCAUGGACGUUUCGUCUUCAGACGUUGUUGAGGCUUCUAUGGAGCCGAGACCGAUGGAGAGUGAGGAGAUUACCCUGGCCCCUGAACCCGAAGCGGAGCCUAGAACGGAACCUGAGACGGAGCCGGCCGAGGACGAAUGGGGCAGCAGCUUUGGCGCCAAGAAGAAGAAGAAGAAGGGCGGCAAGAAACGUGCCCCGGAAACCUCGCCACCCAAGGAUGCUGCCAGGGCUGUCCCGGUUCUCCUCGAUGAACCCGACUACGUCUCUGCUUCUGCCCUUGACUACGAACCUAAGAAGGGGAAGGGUGGCAAGAAGCAAGCUGUGGAGGUGGAGCCCUCUGAGGAUCUUGCUGAGGCUGUUUAUGCGGAGCCGACACCUUUGGAGGAACCCGACGUCAGCCCUGCGCCUGUACUGGAACACGAACCUCGGACCGAACCCGAGACGGAGCCAGCCGAAGACGAGUGGGAUGUUGCCGAACCUAUCGAGAUCCCGGAAGAUAUCCUUGCCCCCGAAUCUAGCUCUCGAACCGAGCCCGAAGCCGAACCAGCUGAGGAUGAGUGGGGUGACGCUUCUUACACUUUUGCCGAUGGGUUGGCGUCUGCUGAAGAGGCGGAAGUUGCUCCGGGCCCUGAACAUUUGCCCGAACCUGAACUGAAAACUGAGCCCGAGCCUGAGCCGGCCGAGGAGGAAUGGGGCAGCGCCUUUGGUAGCAAGAAAAAGAAGAAGAAGGGAGGCAAGAAGCUAGCCAUGGAGUCCCUACCGUCAGAGGAGGCUGCCGAACCCGCGCCCGUGGGCUUUACGCCCAGCGAAGAUGCGGCAAUCCCCGAACCUGAGCAUGCCCCUCAACCUGAAACGGAGCCGGCCGAGGAGGAGUGGGGAAGCGCUUUGAAGGGUAAGAAGAAGAAGAAGAAGGGUAAUAAAAAAUAUGCUGAAGAGGACUUGGCCCUGGAGGAGCCUGUUGAGACGGCCCCAAUAGUAACCACGCCCGCCGAGCAGCUGGACCUGGACGAGGCCCCUGUGUUGCCUUCCGAACCUCAAGUUGGGUCACAUGGGGAAGAACCUGAUCUGCAGAUGUCUGAGCCGAGUAUCACCCGCUCCGCAUCCGUGGACGAGGAUGCCGAAUUCAUUGCCCCGAAGAAACUAAACAAGAAGGAGCAGCGGAAGCGAGCGAAGCAAAAGGCAGUAGACCCGUGGCAAGACGAUGACGCGGCUACAGCAGUUGCAAAGGAAGACCAAUGGGACAGCUUGAUUGAUGCUGAUUCUCACAGCCGCUCGGCCGAACCCUCUCCUGAGGAUGCUUGGGAUCUUGGGGCUGAUGAAGCGACCCAGCCUUCUUCGCCUGUGGAAGACGACCGCGCUCCUAACAAGAAGUUAACCAAGAAGGAGCGGCGGAAGCUUUCUAAAAGCAGAAAACUCCAAU